UUUCAGGUUUGAACAAGAAACAUCAGUUUUCUUCAUUGCUUGCUGGUACCACUAGUUUUCCACUCAAUUUUCUCUCGUUACCAAAUACACCAAAAUUGUGUUUUCUCCUCCCUCUCUUCCAUCCACCAACUUUCAUCCCAACCAAACCCAGGGUCUUUUUGCAUUUUACUCAAUUUAAUACUGACUAGGCUUCUCAACAAUCUUAAAUUGCAAAUAAUUGUGGCAUACAAAUUUGGUAGCUCAUUUGUCCUUUCCCACCCCAAUUGUGAGAAAGGAGAAGAGACUGAAAGAAGUUAUGGCAGCUGAUGUGCCCGUAUCACUUUUAUUGGGGAAAUUACAGAAGAUGCGUGACGAGGAAAGAUUUGUCUUUCCAGGAUUGGGAAAUCGUGUGGCUACUGCUGUCAAUGAACUAGAAAAGAUUUUGCAUAUCCUCAAAGCUUCGAAGCCAAACCAUGAGAUUAUCAGUGUCAGUCCACAGGAGACCUCGCUUCUGCACAGAGUCAGUAGCAGUACUCCCCAGGAUGCUUCGCUUCUGCGCACUAUUUACUCUGCAGAGCACUUCACCGAAAGUUUCCUUCUACAAAGGAGACGAAAGGGCGUCAUUCACAUUGAAAUGCCACUGCCGUUUUCACCAUGGACACAGCUAUGGUUCAGCUUCAAAAUGAUGAAGUUAGUGCAGGGCGUGAGAGCUGUAUCCAUGAAAUUUGGAAACACGCAGGGCCAGCAUACAGCGUUGCCGGACAGACCAGAAAUACAUGCAGGACAGCGCUGCCGCCGCCGCCACGGCCUUGUUGGGGAGCUUGUAACUCGACUGAUCUACGAUAAUGAGGCUAGCCUCCGUGUCAUUUCACUGGUUAGAGAGGAAGUACAAGGCGAAGAAAUAUGUUUUACAACUUUAGCAAGGGAAGUUUAUGACAGACUAGAUAUUCAGCUGCAUUUCAAGUCUCGAGCCUGGCUCAAAGUUCCUAGAGAUCCUGAAUAUAAGAAUCUAUUGCUCGCUUUGCUAAAACAGCUUCCAAGUUGUGUAAUGAAUGACUUAGAGCAUAUGAAUGAGAAAGAUCUGUGCGCUAUGCUUUUCCAGUUUUUAAUGGAGGACAGGUUUCUUAUAGUCUUGGAUGAUGUCCAAACUGUUGAUGUUUGGCUCAAGCUUGUCCGUCCAUUUGCUGAUGCCGUGAAUGGGAGUAGGGUCAUUCUCACUACUCACAACAUAGAUAUAGCAAAGCAAGCUGAUCCAUGGAGUUCUCCGCUUGAACCAAGUCCAUUAAUUGAGCAGGAGCCGGAUGUGAUUGUUGUUGGACGUGAAGAUGAGAUAAAGGAGCUUGUAUCUCGACUGAUCAAUCACAAUGAUGAUAGCCUCCGUGUGAUUUCAGUGGUCGGUGAUAAAGCAGCUGCCGAUGAAGCAUUUGGCAAGACUGCUUUGGCAAGGAAUGUUUACGACAGACUAGAUAUUCGACAGCGUUUCCCAUGGCGAGCCUGGCUCCAUGUAUCCGGAGACCUUGAAUAUAAGGAUCUUUUGCUCAUCAUACUUAAACAGCUUCCAACAAGCGAAUUGAAGGACUUAGAUCUUAUGGGAGAGGAAGAAUUGUCUGAUAUGCUUUUCAAGUAUUUAAUGAAGCACAGGUUUCUAAUUGUCUUGGAUGAUGUCCAAGACCAACCUGUUGAUGUUUGGCACAAGCUUUUCCGUUGUUUUGGAGAUGCUGUGAAUGGAAGCAGAGUUAUUCUUACUACUCGCGACUUCAAUAUAGCAAUCCAAGCUGAUCCGUGGAGUUCUCCACUCGAAUUAAAGCCAUUAACUGAGGAGAAGAGUUGGUCAUUGUUCCUGAAGAAGGUAGGCAGAUCAGAAUAUAAUAAAGAACUAAACAACCUCAGGGGAGAUAUUCUGAGAAUAUGUGGCGGUUUGCCUGUAGCAAUCGUUCUGCUGGGAGGGGUUUUGUCAGCUCUAGAUUAUAAGGAGUGGUCAAUGGUGAUUGGGCUUGCUGGAGAACGAAGAGGAAGUCAAUCCGCUCUUGCAAAUAUCGUUGAUUUUGGCUAUGAUCAACUUCCAUAUGUUUUAAAGCCCUGUUUCCUUUAUUUGGCUCUCUUUCCUAAAGCCUAUGAAAUCCCCAUACGGAGGCUGUUGCAGUUGUGGCUUGCCGAGGGAUUUGUUCAAUUCAUACCUGAUGGGAGAAUCCCUGAAGAUGAGGCCAAAAGAUAUUUGGAAGAGCUAGUGUGUAGAAACAUGAUUGAAAUAGCGAAAUGGAAAUCAGAUGGAAGCCCCAAAACGUGUCGAAUGCCAACUUAUCUCUAUGACGGUUUCUUGCCAAAGGCUAAUGAUAUAGGAUUUCUUCAUGUCCACCAUUGCAAGUCAGAAUGUACAUCCAAAGACUCACCUGAGUCUUACAUUCCAAGGCUUGCAGAUAAAUUUCGGGUGGAGUCUUCUACUUCGAAAUCUCACAUUCGACAGCUACGUUCCUAUGUUUCUUUCAACUCCGAGAAACGAGAUACAUCCAACAGUGGAAUUGGUAUGUUUCUUAAAACAAUGAUUAAGAGAAGAGGUUUUGUCCUGCUGAAGGUGCUUGAUCUAGAGGGUGUCUACAAACCUUUGCUACCUAAGAAACUGGGUAAGUUGCAGAAUUUAAGGUACCUUGGCUUACGAUGGACUGGCCUUGACACAUGUCCAGAGUCUGUUGGGGAUCUACCGUGUUUGGAGACUUUAGAUUUGAAAUAUACAAAUAUAACCACUUUGCCAAGUUCCAUUUGGAAGGCAAAGAAGCUUCGACAUCUCUAUAUGAAUGAGAUGUGCAUUCAGAAGCCACCAAAAGAGUCUUUACCUAACCUUCUGACAUUAAUGGAGCUCCAUAUUGGUGCUAAUUGCCCCUAUAAAUAUAAACUGGACAAGUUCACUAGCCUUAGAAAAUUGGGGCUGACAUGCCAUUCAAAAUCAGCAUGGGAAACAGCCAAGUGCAUCUCAAAACUUGGCAACCUUCAAACCUUAAAGUUGAAAUCAAGAGACCCAUUUGGUCAACCUGUAGAGCUCGUGUUGGCGCCUAUGAAGGAACAUCUGUCUCUCUCAAACUUAUAUUUGUUUGGAGAGAUAAAGAAAAAGGUUGACAUAUAUACAUGUAAGGAACAUCGGUUUCUGUCAAACUUACAUUCGUUUGGAGAGACAGACAAAGGGGAUGGCAGAGUAAUUCCUGUGCCACACCAAAAGGCACAAUAUUGGCCACAACUCGCCCAUAUGACGAGUUGUGGUUGGUGGGGUGCUGAUAGUGUUGUGCCUUUUGGUGUGGCACAAGAAUCUUUGGAGGAUGGCAUACAUAACGUUCCACGAAACCUCAGAACUCUUACACUGUCGAUGUCAGGACUAGAAGAAGAUCCAAUGCCGGUGCUAGGGAAGCUGCUGCCUCAGCUGAACACCCUCAGGCUUUUUGCUCGCUCUUAUGUAGGGCCGAAAAUGACUUGUCAUUCUACCCACUUUCCUAAGCUUCGUGUCUUGAAAAUGUGGAAUCUAGAGCGACUAGAACAAUGGAAUGUGGAGCAAGGUGCAAUGCCCCAACUUGUAGAGUUGGAACUAAGAUGUUGCAAAAAACUUAAAAGCUCAGUUGGAUUAGAGAAGCUGGAUUCCUUGAAGGAAUUGAUUUUAACAAACAUGCCGCAGGAUUUUGUAGAAGAUAUUAGAACAAGGAUGGGCGGAGGCAUAUUAGUCACGAACAAGUGGGAAUUUUCUACUUUACAUGAUUAAAGCUAAUGGAGGCUGGAUUCUAGCGCUGGAAUACUCUUGGACACGAUGGAGUCUCUGGAGUGCAAGAACAUGACCGUCAUUCAAACCUUAAACGUGCUAUUGUUGACAAAUGGUUGCAAGAACACGAUCGUCAUUCAGAGUGAUCUGGAUUUUCCUGAGAUUGUUUCUGCAAUUACUAGAGUGAGUCAACCACUGUUGGCCUUGGAAUGGAAGAUCACAAUGAUUUCAUGAGUUUUCUUUUGAUUUUCUUGUCAAAAAUGAAAUUUUUUUCUAAGGGGACACCAAGUGUACUGAAAUUUCUUGCAAUAUUUGAGUUGAAUAA